AUGGAAAAAUUAGAUGAAAUACAAUGGAAAUCACCUGAAUUUAUUCAAGAAAGAGGGUUAAAUACAGGUAAUGUUUUGGAAUAUUUUGCCCUUUCGCCAUUUUAUGAUCGUACUUCCAAUAAUCAAGUACUAAUGAUGCAAUUCCAAUAUCAACAAAUUCAAUUACCGGUUCACAUGAAUUUUCAUCAAUAUUUUCAAUCAAGAUUAUCAGAAAUGACAGGAGUCGAAUUUGUGAUAGCAUUUGUUAGAGAACCUGACUUUUGGAUCAUAAGAAAACAGAAAAGAUUAAAUCAACAACAUACAUUCACCUUGCAAGAUUAUUACAUAAUUGGUGCUAAUGUCUAUCAAGCUCCCAAAAUAUAUGAUGUUUUAUCUGGAAGGCUAUUAGCAAAUAUUUUAUCAGUCAAACAAUCAAUGAAAACUUUAUCUAAAAUGACAAGUUAUCAUAUAUCUGAUGGUGGCCAUUCAUUUAAUAAUUCAUUGCAUGAAAAAAAUAGAGCUCAAAAUCAAGUUCAUUCCCUGAAGCAAACUAAUACAACUUUAGAUAAUUUACCUAUCACGACAGAUACUCCAAUUUCAAUAACGGAUAGUCCAGCUAUUGGACAACCUUCUAAUACACCUACAAAUGCUCCACAAUUUACGACAAAUACUAUAUCAAGUGGUGCAUUUAAUUCCCUACUAGAUGAGAUCACAAACGAAAGUUCUAAUGAAUUCUACUUAGAUGACAUUCCAUUAUAUGGGAAAGGCAGCACGGUGGAAUUUUUAAAUCUUAAGACAAACACAUAG